CCUCCCUCUCUCUCACACACACUCCGCACCUCUCCGCGGUGGGAUGAGAGCACAGUGAGGGAUUGAGAUGCGCCUCCACGCCGUGAACUUUUUCCCCUUCUCGCGUUCGUUUGGUUUAUUUUGAAGGAGCGCGUCUACUGGACAGGAGCGCGCAGCGGUGUGGCACACGCUGGAACAAAAAAAAAAAAAAAAAAAAAAAAAAAAAGAGGAGCCUAACAGCUCAGUGCAGCGCAGGCAGGUUUCCCUUUUAAAAAGCAGAGGCAGGAGAGUUGUGUCGGGGGGAAGCGGCGGCGCCGGUGCAUGAGAGAGAGAGACGGACUCUGCAAAAACCAAACGGGAGGAUAUAGAGGAGAAAUCACAACUUGGAUAUGGCGGCUGCGAAGACGUUCGACCUUCUGGUUGGAGUUGUUUUAGUUUGCCAGUGCUUGGGGAGCGUGCGAGGCGAGAUCGCGGCCGGUGACGGGGUCGCUUACUCCUACGUGCAGGCGGGGGACGAGGAUGCAGGAGUGGACGUGAAGCUGUACAGUCACCGGUGGAGGAGAUGGCUCCCGCCAAAACCUCGCAACAUGGACAGUAACCGGGCCAGCCAGGAGCAGGACCAGGACCCAGAACCGGAGCCCGACGCCUUCCCGGGCCUGAUGUCAGCGGAGGAGACCGACAACAGCUCCCAGAUAGAGGAGGACACCGAUCACAACUACUACACCUCCAAAACAUACAGCCCGUCGGAUCCAAUGAGCAAGGACUUGUGGGUAAAUAUUGACCAGCUGGAGAAGGACAAGGUGAAGAUCCACGGGAUUCUCUCCAACACACACAGACAAGCAGCGAGAGUUAAUCUGUCCUUCGAUUUCCCUUUUUAUGGACAUUUCCUGCGUGAAAUCACUGUGGCGACUGGUGGGUUCAUCUACACUGGUGACGUGGUCCAUCGGAUGCUAACAGCUACGCAGUACAUCGCUCCCCUGAUGGCAAACUUUGACCCAAGUGUCUCCAGGAACUCGACUGUCAUCUACUUUGACAACGGUACGGCUCUGGUGGUGCAGUGGGACCACGUCCACCUACAGGACAACUACAACCUGGGCAGCUUCACCUUCCAGGCCACGUUGCACAACACUGGCAGGAUCGUGUUUGCGUACAAAGAGAUCCCUGUUGAGGUGUCGCAGAUCAGCUCCGUCAAUCACCCGGUGAAGGUGGGCCUGUCCGACGCUUUUGUUGUGGUCCACAAGAUCCAGCAAAUACCCAAUGUAAGGCGGAGGACUAUCUACGAGUACCACCGCGUGGAGCUAACGAAGACGAAGAUCACCAAUUCUACAGCCGUGGAAAUGAUGCCUUUACCUACUUGUCUCCAGUUCACCAGCUGUGGCGCCUGCAUCUCCUCACAGAUCAACUUCAACUGCAGCUGGUGUCAUCGACUCAACAGAUGCUCCAGCGGCUUUGAUCGCCAUCGCCAGGACUGGGUGGACAACAGCUGCCCAGAUGAGACCAAGGACAAGAUGUGUGACAUCGUCGACACUACGUAUAGUUACCCCUUCACCACCAGCAUUGUCGCCAAAACAACAUCCAGAAGCAAAGAGACCACUGCAGGCGGGGACGCCCUGUCCACCUCCCACCCUCCCACCAGCAUCCCCACCGAAGAUGAUACUAAGAUCGCUCUGCAUCUCAGAGACAACCAGGCGAUGCCAGCAGACAGUGCUGUGGACAGGGCGCCAGGCUCACAUCCUCUUCACACCGGUCUGAUCCUGGGCAUCCUGCUGGUGAUGCUCAUCAUGAUAGCCGGCGUGCUGAUCACCGUCUACGUCUACCAUCACCCGACAUCCGCAGCCAGCCUCUUCCUCAUCGAGAGACGCCCGAGCAGGUGGCCGGCCAUGAAGUUCCGCCGGGGGUCGGGUCACCCAGCCUACGCCGAGGUGGAGCCGGUGGGCCAGGAGAAGGAGGGCUUCAUCGAGUCCGAGCAGUGCUGAGGGAGGAGGGGGCGUCCGCAUCCCCCCUCGGCCUCCCCCCUUUUCUGUGCCGGCCCUCCUCCUUCCCGCUCCACGGGGACUUCUCAACCCGGGAGCCUCUCCAGGAUCUGCUUUUUUCGGUGGAGGAGCUCAGUGUACACAAAGACUUGUUAAGACUGUGGCAUCGGCUCGUUGCGAGCUUGAUUAGACUGGGAAACGGGAGACGGUGACAUGAGGACGCGAGAUAACCCUGAAAACUGAUCCCAGACAAACCUGUUGUUCAGCUCCUGUUGGCGAGGGACUGAUCAGCCGGGGACAGGAUUGACGUCAUCUCCUCCGUCGGCAUUGGUUAAGAGUGUGUACGGCUGCUAUCAUGUUGCCAUGGAGGGACUGUACAGCCUGACAGCCUAGAGGGGGAGCAGGUUGAAUUAUACAAUAUAUAUUUUCAGAAAACAAUAUGUGAACAGAGAUUUCCACUUUACUGUCGGUGGUGGUUAUACAGUAUAGGCCUUUGUAUAUCCAUCAGGUUUUGAGUUGAUUUCCUUUUUCUUUCAUUUUUUGACGUUUUCACAGGUUUUGGCACAUUUAUCUGUACAGACCGUCGGUAUUGCUUUUCAAUACCAUAGCAGGCUUCAUUGACUUUUCCACAGCCCACUCUCUGCACAGAGGGGUGACAUGACGUGAGCUGAACUCCUGUCCCUGUAAUCGAUCACAUCUCUGGAGUGAUGCUCUGAACAUUCGGUUGUUUUCGGACGUUUGGCUGAUUUCAUUUUCUGAAAAUGAAGCGCAAGAUGUUUUUUUGUUCACUGAGAGCCGUUCCUCAGUGUUUUUUUUUAUUUUUAUUAUUAUUAUUUUUAUUUUUUUCUAGUUGAAAGGGUGAUGGGCACGCUCUAUCCUUCUCUUUAUUAUGUUAUAUUUUUGCAUUGGUUUCAUUACGGCCGUGCCAUUUUUGUCCCUGACUAGAGUUUGCACAAUUUAUUUCAAGCACAUUUCUUUUUCUUUUCCAUUUGACAUGUGGUACUAAUGCAAGAUUACAAGACAGGCGCUUGUGAGUGUGAAUAUAUUUUCUGAAGUGUAAGUGAUUUGUGUGCGUGAAUGCAGAAGAGCAGUUUACAGUAGUGGUUGGAUGCCCACCUGGUUUAUGGGUGCACAUGUUUGAGCUGGCUCUGCACAGUGGGUUCUUAUUGAUUUUAUUCAGAGGUGUCAGGAUACAGUUUGUGGGAGCCAGAAAACACACUGGUCUGAUUGGGUUUUUUUUAUUUUUUUUUAUUGAUUUUACAGCGUAGUUUCCUUUUCUUGUCACGUUGCUGAGCAUAACCAGAUCUGCGUCCACGUUCAACAGUCAUCAGUGUUGGAAAAUAACACUCAUACCAAGGCCAAAACAUUUGCAGAUUCAGGUAACUCCAGGCAAACAUUUGUAGUAGAGCAGUGAUGGUACUGAAGAACUUUUAUUUUUUAUGAGUGGCCUUUUUUUCUCUACUUUUUUACUUAAAUGUGAAUACUGUUUCAGGCGUUGCUGUCACAGACCAAUACGCGAUUCAAACACUCAUUUCUGCUGUUCGAUAUUUCCAGACGUUUUACACCAAUGAUUAUAGACUUAUUUUAGAGACACUAAACAUCCGCAAUCCAGGAAUUCUACUGUUAAAGAAAUCGUGCAAUAUUACACCAUUAAAUACCGUUCAGUUCUGUUAUGAACAUGCGGAAAAAUAACAAUCAUCUGGAUUAUUUUUUAUUUCCACUUUAUCGCCAUCACAUUGAGACCAAAGACUAAUCAAUUUGAGUGAGACAUAUUUUCAGAUAUUUUACCUCAGCCUCCCCUCAUUGCUAAAUACUGGUUUACUAUAGUGGUAUUUUGGAGCCAUUUUAAUCUCCAUUAAAACUAGCCAAGAUAACCCCCUCCGGCGAUUAGCAUCUCUCCAAUUGUAGCUUAGCAACCAUAGGCACAGCUAACCAGUUUGGGAUACAUUUAAAAAAUUUAGGAGGGCGGAGUCUGAAGGAAGCUGCAGUUGUUAGCGUAUUUGGCUAACUAACUGCAGUCACCAGAUUAUAUUAAAUUAUUAGCUAGCUUAAUAGUCAACAGCAGCCAAUUAAACAGUAUGGUAAUUAAAAAGUCAGUGCCUCAGAAAUGUUGUCUAAAAACAUGAAUAUAGUACCCAAAGACAAAAUCAAUGGAAAGAAAUUCAACCAACUGAAUGAUAAAAAAAAUUAAAUUAAAUUGUAUCGCCAAGCUAUGUCUCUGGAAACUAAGAUGGCAAUCUAUCAGUAACCACAUAGUAAAAAUGUAGCUGUAAUUUUAUUUUGUCUCCAUUACCAGAAUAUAUCCUAACAUUCAACGCACAUUUGCAAAUCGAUCAUCCUUCAUCCCGAAGCAUUUUCUCUUGUUGUCAUUUUUUAUUUGCAUUUAUAGGACAGCGUUAGCCUCUUUUAUCGCAACAUGUACAUGUACACAUACUGCAUUUAGUUCUGCUGGAAACAUUUAAUUGUCAAUCAGAAUUAAUUCAACUAAUGUUAGCUUUUUACUGUCUAGCUAGCUAGGCAGAGCUAAUUAGAAAACAGCAAGGUACAGUUCUUAUCAUCUCUCUGACAGCUUUAGCCUCCGUCUUUUAGCAUUUAACUCAGCUGGAAAGUCAAGUCAUCCACAGGCAGUGUUUUAAGUCAGUUCACUUAUUUAACACUGGCCCUAUACUUAGCUAGCUAAACAGAGCUAAUAGGCUAGUGACUGUUCUCAUCUUCUCCUUGAAGGCUUUAGCCUCGGGUUUUCAAUAUAUUGUGUGUACGCAUCCAUCACAUAUACAUCAAACAAAAAAAAGCCUUUUGAACAAGUUCAGUUAUCUAACAUCAGCCUUAUACUUAGCUAGCAAGGCUUAGCUAAUAAAAUCGACUAGCAACAUUUUAGGCGGGAAAAAUUGUAAGUAGCCCGCUUUCAUAUUUCACGCUGUUAGUACAUAGGCAUUGUUGUUUAUUUGCUUUUAAUUUUUGGUGGUAAAUUUGUAUCGUUGCAACCUGCUGACGUGAAGAUCUAGUCGGAAACUUGACACGCAUAGCAACAGUUACUAGGGGGCGGGAGCUAACUUUUCAUCUUAUGAAUAAUACUCCUCACCCCAAAGAUGCACAUAUGCAUGAAUCGCCGAAUUAAGGACUCACUCUGCUGUUUUAAUCCGUCACACAUACAAAUAUCUAUAAAUGCGCUGAAACCAUCUCAGAGUACAAACCCCUUUAAAAGCCUCUUUAAUUAACUCUUUGCACAACCGUGUUUAAAAUGCAGGAGAAAAAAAAAUGGUCCAGUGGCUUCUCCAUGACUACGGACAUAUAUUUUUUAAUACUGACAGACGGAUCCCCGUGGAGAAAUUUCUACAUGUGCUUGUUGAGAUGAGAUCGUAGACACAGGAGGUUGUCUGUCAGCGACAUGCGCUUCACUGGACUAAACGAUUUCACUCCCACUUUAAUUAAUGUGUAAUGCGAGACGAUGAAAGCAGCAGUGGCGUUGUUGAGAUACCGCUUUGUGCUGUUCUUUAUUCUCUGUUGAGUUGAGUUAAACGAUGUUAAGUCAACGUCAAAGUGCAGGAGCUCAGCGUUAAGAUUUUUUUUUUCCUCCAGUGUGACCUUGUUUAAUCUUAUCAUGACGCUUCAUAGCACACAGUAAAAAAAAAUCACAGUAUCAUAGCUGUCUGUAAUUUCUGUAACUACUGUUGUUUUGAUUACAUUUGAAAUAAUAAACAAUGUCGUAAAAAAUUAUCACACUUGUGCAGAUUUGUGAAUG